GGGUGAGGAGACAAGCGAGUCGACAAUGGCUUACGUCCAGCAAGCGCCGGCAUGGUUUCUCUGGCUGGCCUCCCUCGGCGCGCUAUACGUCGCGGCAUUCUUGUCUCGCCUCCUCGUCUACCUCGCGCACUGCCUGCGCCGUCCUGAGGACCUCCGCCUGCGCUACGGCACGUGGGCCGUUGUCACCGGCCCGACGUCUGGCAUCGGCCGGUCCAUCGCCCUGGAGCUUGCACGCCGGGGCAUCAACCUUGUUCUGGUUGACCUCAACGCCGACAAUCUCCACGAAGUCUCCGGCACGAUCAUGUCUCGUCACGCCGUGCAGAUCAUGGCCGUGGUAUUCGACCUCUCGGUCGUCUCCACUCCUAAAGGUGACGCGGCGUUGCGGCGGCUCCGGGAUGCCGUGAAGAAGCUGGAUGUGGGGAUUCUGGUGAACAACGCCGGGGUGGCGAAGCCGGGUGCGGUAUUCCUGCAUGAGGCCGACGUGGAGGCGUGGGUGAGGAUGAUUCGCGUGAACCUGUGGGCGGUGACGGAGGUGACCGCCGCGGUGCUGCCCGGGAUGGUGCAGCGGGGCAGGGGCGCCGUCGUCAACAUGGGCUCGGCGUCGUCGGAGGCCAUCCACUCCUUCCCCCUCCACACCAUGUAUUCCGCCACCAAACGGUACGUCGCUCAGUUCUCCAGGAGCCUUUACGUUGAGUACAAAAGCAAGGGGAUAGAUGUCCAAUGCCAGGCGCCGUUCUUCGUGGCGACAACGAUGGCUUCGGGCUUCGUCGCGACCUGGCGGCCCUCGGCGUUCGUGCCCACCGCCAACGCCUACGCGCGCGCGGCUGUGGGCUGGAUCGGGAAGGGCGGCCCGCUCUGCGUGCCCAACCUCAGGCACCGGCUCCUGGGGUGGCUUCUCGCCGCCGUGCCAGGCGGCGUGCAAGACUGGGUCUGCCUGCACGAGAACCUGCGGCAGAGAAAGAUGCUCCGGGCAGCAAGAUCGCUGAGGGCGUCAGCGUGCAGGCCGCAUGGACAUGUGAUGCCAUCGAUUGAGUAGUAGGGACCCAGCAUUGGUUUAGAAAUUCUCAGGAUUGUAAUGCGUGUCAGUUAUUUUAUUAACUGAAAGGGAUGGAUGGGGGCACGCAGUUAAAAAGACAAAUCAUGACUGGUAGAAAUACGAUGGAUUUACCAUAUUAUUUUACUAGCAUAAAUAAUAGAUAAAUCAUAAUCAUAUAACAAUUA